AUGGAUCUCAUUUCUUCCAUUUGUAGAUCAGGGACGGGUGUGGUUCUCUACAUAGAGAAGGCAUCUUCUCAAUCCGGUGUAGUUGGUGUUCGCAAGCUGACAAGCUUUUUGGGGACAAUAGCAUGUAAUGGGGAUUACGCACCCCUUACAUAUUCUAAUUGGAGGGCAGUGCCAAACGAGAAGAAGGAUGAUAUGUAUGAACUUGUCAUGUCCAAGUUUCAGUUUGACAAAGAGAUUAAAUCCUGGGUGUUGAUGUCGAUUGGUAAAAAAUGGCGGGACUGGAAGUGCGAACUGAAGAAAUUCCACUACUCACCUCAUGAUAAUGAUGAGGUGCGGCUAGCAGACCUCAAUGAGCAUGUCCAUAUGGAUCAGUGGAAGGCCUUCAUUGAUUUUUGGAACUCUAAAGAGGGAAAGGCCCGUAAUAAGAUAAAUACGGAAAAUCGAAGAAAACAACGCAUCGGCCACACUGCAAGCACGAAGAGCUUUGCGCGAAUACGUGAUGAAGAGAGAAAGAAGAGGGCCAAUUGGGAGGAUUUGACCCAAGUAGAUAUGUUCUUGUUGACACAUAUACACAAGAAUGGGAUGCCUAUGGAUGAGGCCUCAGCAAGAGCCAUGAACAAUUAA